CCCCAUGAGUCUACUGGGUUAUUAAUAAUCUACUCAUUUAUCAUCCCAUUUAUGAUCUGUGUGUUUGUUCCCGACUGUAUUGGCAGAUCCAAGGUCAGUGUUUAUAGUGUGUUUAGUGUAAGCUCUGUUCCCACACGUUCCCUGUUAGUGUGCCUUUGAUCAACUGCUACAGUCUGUUCAUCAAUAAAGUCAUAAAUAAAAGCAAUAAUUCAGAGCUGUUGUCUGUCACCACUGGUGUUGGUUGUCUGUCACCACUGGUGUUGGUUGUCUGUCACCACUGGUGUUGGUUGUCUGUCACCACUGGUGUUGGUUGUCUGUCACCACUGGUGUUGGUUGUCUGUCACCACUGGUGUUGGUUGUCUGUCACCACUGGUGUUGGUUGUCUGUCACCACUGGUGUUGGUUGUCUGUCACCACUGGUGUUGGUUGUUAGUCGCUACAUUGGAUAUCUUCUCGUUCGGUGGGUCUAUUGUUGAAGCUGUUAACCACUGGUUGGCCAGAAUCAGUGGGGAGAUCCCAAAGAUACUAAAUGGUGUGUGGCCUAUGGUCAGUAUCAGUCAGUUUAUGACCUGCCAUUACAAAUGACUGGCGGUAAGGGAGGGCUGGAAGAACUGUCUUCUCUUUAGACAUCAUCAUGGAAACUGUCCACCGUGGCCCUGUGUCUGCUGGGAGUUUUGGGUUCAACCACAGCCAAAGAACAUAUCUCCUCACUCCACCCCCAGUCUUUCUCACCCGAUCUCGCUCUUCUCCUACUCUUCCCUCUGAUCUCCUCUUACUUGUCUUAAACUCUUCUUUCACUCCUCUGUUCAUCCUCCUCUCUCACCUUGCUACACAAGUUCUUCUGAAUCUGCCAAAUCAACGAAGUAGGAAACAACUAUCUGCGGUCCUAAUGGAACAGGACGGACUUUGACGCUGUGGACCCUGACACCACCUUAUGGCCCUGUGACCUGCACUUUUACGUGGAGAGAGACCCCACCAUGGACCCGUCCAUUGCUGAGACCACAGGAAAUGCCAUCCGCAUCCUCAACAAAAAACCCAAGCGAUUCUUCCUCCUGGUGCAAGGGCCACCAUGCCAGCAGAGGCUUGCACGAGACGGUUGCCUUUGACAACGACGUCGCCAAGGGCCUGGAGCUGACCAAUGAGGAGGAAACUCUCACCCUGUUGACAGCUGGCCACUCCCACGCCUUCACCUUCAAUGGAUACCCCUUCAGAGGCCAAAGCAUUCUGGGGAAAUCUCCUCUGUAUGGGAAGGAUAUGCUGCCUCACACAACCGUGAUGUACGGAAACGGCCCUGGAUACAAAGUCGUAGACAACAAGCGCCCUGACAGCCAUAAAGUGGACACAAAGUGGAAGGACUACAUGCAGCUGUCUGCAGUUCCCCGGGACACUGAGACCCAUGGUGGGGAGGACGUGGUGGUACUGGCCCGCGUCCCCAUGGCCCACCUCUUCCACUGGGUCCAGGAGCAAAGUUACCUGGCCCAUGCCAUGGCUUACACUGGCUGUGUGAGAUGGGACCUCAGGCACUGUGAAGGCAGACCUCAACACACCAACAGGAUCCUCAUCACUACUACUGCUGAUGAUAGGAACAGUGCACCAUCCCAGGUACCCUCCAUCUCUCUCGGUACUGCCCUACUGGCUGCACUGCUGCAAUGAGAGACUGGUGGAGGUGGAGAAGUGGGAGGGAGAGUAAGAGAAUGAAAGUAGAAUAAAUUAGAUCCAUCUGUUUUGCUACUCAUCUUAAACAAAUACAUGUGCUCUUUAACAAUAUGAAUUUGUCAAAUGAUUGUAAAUUAUGAGAAUACUCACAUUUGUAUAUGUUUAUUUAAAUAAAUAAUAUAUUUGCUGCUAAUA